AUGACUCACAUUCACACCUUGUCACUCUCACAUGCACAAUUACACUCUUACUCUCACGUACAUAUUCUCAUUACACUUCACUCCCUCUCUAUUUCUUUCUCAUCCACACUCUCUGCGUCACAAAACAACUCCCUCAUUCUCUCUCAAAUACGUAACCUCUCCCUCGUAAACACUUACACUGAUAAACAUGCAACCACAGCUUCGAUCAUUCUCAUACGCACAUACACUAACAAAAUUUCACUCUCUCUACCUAUCUACUAUACUCUCACUCACACAACGAAUUACGAUCUCAUUUUCUCACCCAUUCUCCAUCUCUCUCCCUCUAUUUCUCUCUCUAAUCUAUACUCUUGCUCACAUACAUGCAGCCACACCCUCCCUCUUUUUUCUUACGCACAUGCACUAACUCGCUUUAACUUUCUCUCACUCAUACUACCACUCUCACUCGCAAAGCCACUAACUCUCUCACUCUUUCUUUCAUAUAGGUACAGUCCCUCCCUCGAUAACACAUACACACAUGUACAUGAAGCCACAGUCUUGCCAUUUCUCACAUGCCUAUACGCUAACACCAUUUCACUCUCUCUAGACCAUACUCUCAUCCUCACUCACAUAAGCAUUUACUCUCACAAACUCUCUCACAUAUACAAACACUCUCUCACUAACACUUACUUACACUAA